AUGGCCAAAACCAAGCCCUCAAAGAAACAGUCCAAGAAAACCCGCGAGUCGGUCCUCCACGGCACAAAAGGGAUGUCAGCAAGACCAAUGGAGAACCCUGAAACCCUGUUCGAAGAGGCAGUAGUGUUACUACAGACCGGCCAACCUAGCGAGGCACUACCACUUGUUGAACGAGCUCUAAAAAACAUCCCUUCCGACUCACCGAAAUACCUAGUUGGAUUAAACUUGAUAGGAGAGAUAUAUGUCGAGCUGGGUGAAAUAGAUUCUGCGCGAGAGAGCUUCCUACGAGCUGUUGAGCUGGACCCAAAGGGUGAGAUAGACGAGACGAUUGACGGAGGCGCAGAGAAGUUCUUAUGGCUGGCCCAAUUAAGCGCAGAAGGCGGUAAGGAUAGCGUACGGUGGUUUGAGAGAGGUGUAGGCGCACUGAAGAGGAAUCUACAGUCUCUCGAAGGGGAAAAUGAUGAACUUGCUCAGGAGAUAAGGGAAGGGUUUAAGAAAAGGCUUGCACAUGCGCUUUGUGGAGUGGUGGAGAUAUAUAUGACGGAUCUAUCAUGGGAAGAAGAUGUAGAGAGCAGAUGCGAAGCUCUCAUAACAGAGGCGCUGCUAGUGGCCCCGGAAUCUUCAGAGUGUUUACAGACUUUAGCAUCGAUCCGGAUAUCCCAGCUCCGGUUCGACGAUGCCAAAGCAGCGUUAUCAAGAAGUUUAGAUACAUGGAAAGACGAGCCACCGGAAAGCACACUUAUACCAGAUUUCCCAUCCAGGGUAAGCUUAUCUCGCCUGCUAAUGGAGGUUGAGAUGGAAAAUGAGGCGCUUCAAGUUCUUGAAAGAAUGGUGUUUGAAGACGACCAGAGCAUUGAAACAUGGUAUCUCGGCGGAUGGUGUCUUUAUUUGAUAAGCAAAAAGGACCAGAAACAGAGUCAGGGAGAGGUGGAUGCAGAGACAAAGGAGCAACUAGCUUCUACUCUCCUGACCAGCCGGAAAUGGCUCAGGCAGGCCUUGAAGCUAUGCGAACUUGUCGGCUAUGAGGAUGAGAAGCUCAAAGAGCAUGCCAUUGAGCUUGUACAGGAGAUCCAGAAUGAACUGGGCAUCUCUGGAGACGAUGAAGUCGGCGAUGAUGACGUAUGGGAGGAUGAUACUGACUCGGAUUCAGGUAAUGAUCAUGACAUGGCAGACUCCUAA